AACAAAAUGGCUGGCUCAGUGGCUGAUAGAGUGCAGUGAGGGGAGGCAUGAUCUUUGUCUCAAGUUUGUAAAAUUUUGACACUAUAUUACACAUAAAAUGUCGAACCCUACAUUUAGAACACGCAUAUCACAAUUAAGAAAAAGAAAAAUUACUAAAAAGAAAAUAGUGAGAAGAGGAAACCCGUUAAAUCAACGAAAUAAUGAUGAUGAAUGUGAAAUCCCUAUAAUUCCUGGAUCAGUAUUGGAUCUCUUUGGGUUAGGGGAUGAAGGAGCAGCUGCUGCCGGUGAAGCAGGCCCAUCCUCUGCCCUUGUCGGCACCUCCUCCACACAUCACCAUCACCCUCCAUAUCACUUACGCCGUAAAUCCCCUACACAUCCAGUCAGCCCACCAUCCACCAUAGGGGCGGCGGCAGCAACAGCGUCAGUGACAGCCUCUCCCACUACAGCUUCACCGGCGGGAGUUUCUGCAGCAACAGCUGGGCUUCCAUCUGCUGCCACAAACUCUGCACCUAUGCUCUCACCCACUGCUGCUAUUGCUGCUGCAACUACGUAUUGCCCUUCCAUGUUACCCGCCCGCAAACGCCCUCGGAGAACAUACUUUACAGGGGAUUCUUCCACGGGUUUGGGGUGCAACCCCUUCACUGCAGCACAUUACCUCCUGUAUGAACUUCCUGAUGAGGUGCUACUCACUAUUUUUUCUUACCUAUAUGAGAGAGAUCUCUGUCAUGUAGCACAAGUCUGUAAACGCUUCUACACAAUAGCCAAUGACAAUGAGCUUUGGAAAAACCUUUAUCAGGGUCUAUAUGAGUAUGACCUUCCACUAUUUAACCCUGCACCAUGCAAGUUUGAUUUUGUGCAACCUGAAGACUGUGACUACGAUAAUCCAUGGAAAGAAAGUUUUAAACAGUUAUACCAUGGAGUCCAUGUCAGAGAAGGACAUCAAAAAUAUGCAGCAAAGGAAACUGGUCGAUCUGUCGCCUACUUUGAAACCAUCCAGGCUGCCUUUGAAUACUGUGAUGAUGCAGAGAGACCGCUUGUUUUAAUUCACUCUGGUGUCUACCGUGGACAACUCAUCGUUAUAGAAACCAAUAUUGCUCUCAUUGGAGCUGCACCGGGUAAUGUAGCAGAAAAUGUGAUCUUAGAACGAGAAUGUGAAUCCACUGUGAUGUUUAUGGAGGGAGCGCAGAAAGCCUACCUGGGUUAUGUCACAAUAAAAUUUUCCCCUCCCAGUUGUACAGAAACUAUGCAGCACCACAAACAUUAUGCACUGGAAAUCCAAGAGAAUUGUGGCCCCACUAUAGAACACUGUAUUAUUCGCAGUAUUUCUCAUUUGGGAGCAGCAGUGAGUGUGAGUGGUCCAGGUGCAGAACCAGUAAUUCGUCACUGUGAAAUAAGUGACUGUGAAAAUGUAGGCCUCAUCAUUACUGACCGGGCGCAGGGCCACUACGAAGACAAUGAGAUCAGUCGUAAUGCCCUGGCUGGAAUAUGGGUCAAGAACUAUGCAAAUCCCAUCAUGCGACGCAACCACAUACAUCAUGGAAAAGAUGUAGGAAUAUUCUGCUUUGAUGGAGGACUGGGAUACUUUGAGGCAAAUGACAUCCACAACAAUCGUAUCGCUGGCUUUGAGGUGAAGGCUCAGGCUAACCCAACAGUUGUGCGAUGUGAAAUACACAAUGGCCAAACAGGAGGUAUAUAUGUUCAUGAGCAUGGAAUGGGCCAAUUUAUAGAAAACAAAAUUCACUCCAACAAAUAUGCAGGAGUGUGGAUAACUUCAAACAGCAAUCCAACAAUCAGAAGAAAUGAGAUUUACAAUGGUCUUCAAGGUGGUGUUUAUAUAUUUGGAGAUGGCAGAGGACUUAUAGAGCACAACAAUAUAUAUGGUAAUGCAUUAGCUGGUAUCCAGAUCCGUACCAACAGUGAUCCUAUAGUACGGCACAAUAAGAUCCAUGAUGGUCAGCAUGGAGGAAUCUAUGUACAUGAAAAGGGUCAAGGUCUCAUAGAAUGUAAUGAAGUGUAUGCUAAUACACUCGCUGGAGUUUGGAUUACCACAGGGAGCACGCCUACUUUACGGAGGAAUCGUAUCCACUCAGGCAAGCAAGUGGGAGUUUAUUUUUAUGACAAUGGCCAUGGGCUUCUGGAAGAUAAUGAUAUUUUCAACCAUUUAUACUCAGGUGUACAAAUUAGGACUGGAAGUAACCCAAUCAUCCGUCGAAACAAGAUAUGGGGUGGACAGAAUGGGGGUGUUCUGGUAUAUAAUGGAGGUUUGGGACUUCUAGAACAAAAUGAGAUAUUUGAUAAUGCCAUGGCAGGUGUAUGGAUCAAAACAGAUAGUAAUCCCAUUUUGCGGCGAAACAAAAUAUAUGACGGAAGAGAAGCUGGCAUUUGUAUAUUUAAUGGAGGAAAAGGUUUGCUAGAAGAGAAUGACAUUUUUCGUAAUGCACAGGCAGGUGUCCUAAUAUCCACCCAAAGUCAUCCAACUCAAAGCCACCCUAGUCUAAGAAGGAACCAGAUAUACGAUGGGUUGGCAGCAGGCAUCGAAAUAACAAAUAAUGCCACAGCAACCUUAGAGUACAACCAAAUAUUUAAUAAUCGUUUUGGUGGUCUUUGUUUAGCUUCAGGGGUGAAUCCUAUCCAAAGAGGCAAUAAGAUUUUUAAUAACCAUGAUGCAGUAGAGAAAGCUGUAUCAAGUGGCCAGUGCCUAUACAAGAUAUCAUCGUACACCAGCUUCCCCAUGCACGACUUCUACCGCUGUCGCACAUGUAAUACCACUGAACGAAACGCCAUAUGUGUAAACUGCAUUAAAACGUGUCAUAGCGGACAUGUAGUGGAAUUUAUCCGUCAUGACAGGUUUUUCUGUGACUGCGGUGCAGGAACGUUAAACAACCAGUGCCAGUUACAGGGAGAGCCGACUCAAGAUACAGAUACCCUUUAUGACUCCGCUGCUCCCAUUGAAUCACAGUCGCUCAUGGCGGAAGUCUAACUACCGCCCAAAAACCACAUUAGCUAUGUCAAAAGUUUCUACAUAGAAUCAACCUCAAAUACCCACCAGCCUUCUGAUCUAUAACCAGUAUUUAGGAAAGCAGGAUUAGUGUCAGUGUGCACUGUACGUGUGGCCAAACAUGAAGUAUUGGCAACCUAAGUUUAAUGAAAACUUAGACUUACCCACCUUCUGUACUGUGAUUUGUCCACAUCAAUCCAUAGCCUUAUACUGGAAUAUAUUUCUAUUUACUAUGAAUUAUCUGUGGACUUAAACAAGUGAUGGUGUGGGCAUCUGGAAAGCAGACCCAAAGUGGCUUUGUAUCAAAAGUGUUUUUAAGUGUGAUGGAGGGUGAAGUGAAAGACCUCUGCUGUAAGGAAAGAUACAAUGUGGCCUGAGUUGAUCCUGCUCUAUCUUCACAAUUAUCCUCAUUUUUUUAUAUAAACAUGGUUGAUGUGUAUCACAUCAAUAUUAUGGUAUGGCAACACCAAAUGGUUGUCAAACAUUUCUUGCACAAGAUGAAAAUUAUUUUGUAGGUCAGUAUUGUUAAUAUACAUUGCAUAGGGAAACCACUGCAGAUAAAAAGCUUGUUUUCAUUGUUAGUACACACUUGCUAUAGAGAUUACCAGAAAUUGGCACAAACAUUAUCAGUGAAGCACAAGAAUGGUGGUUCUCUAAACUACAAGACUGUGCAUGUUUACUUUAGUACCAGUGAUGUAAAUAGAUGCUGUUUGGGAUGUGUGAGGGCUUUGUACAUAAGUGUUGAAUGCAGAAAAAUUAGCCUAGAUACAAUUAGUGUGGGUCAAUUUGAAGUGUUAUGAUUGAGUACAGUUCGUAAUUAGAAUUUAAGCUGUUAAGAUUUUUAUAUAUUACAAUAAUCAUUGACAAAACCAAUAUGCAGUAAUUGUAGUUGUUUCUGAUCACUCCCUGUGUUUUGUUUUGAAGAUCUGUUGUAUAUUUUUUUUUUUUUUUUUUUUUGCAUGUGAAGUUUAGUUACAUUUUAUAAUUGUGAACCUAUAAGGAUAUUUGUUGUCUCAAUUUUGUUAAGAUUUUAUACUGAAUUGGAACACUACAGAUAACUGUGAUUAAAACCAAAAUAAACCUAGUAUUACUGCACACACCCUGGGAGGGGCCAAGAAAAUACACCUGUGGCUUUUGUCUCCCAUUGCAGUAAAAUUAUUUCCUUGCAGAAUGUAGAAUUGGUAGGAUGUUUGUGCAGCUUUGUGAAGAUGGAUUUAGAUAGUGCCUUUAUUUUUGCAUUCAUAGGUAGCAUGUCCAACCAGUGUCUGAAUCCAUUGCAUUCCCAUUGUUUCCUGCAACACAUGGCCUCUAACUUUCUCUUUUGAUAAUACUUGUGAAGCAUCUGACUGUGUUUUCAUCAACACACUUCAUUGCUCUGUCAUAUUUCUUCAGACAUUCCCUUCACUACAUCCUGUCAAAGUAACUAAUACAUACGAACACAUAGUCACUUUCAUUUUCAUUGUGACAAUUAUUGCACUUACCAGUGUUCCUUUAUAACAUGCAACCUCAUUUAUCUCCAUCCCAUGAACCCAGGGAUGCAUAAGUUGACACAACUUCAAAUACGUUCCUUGUGACAUUGUAUCCAUGCGUCCUACCCGUGAUCCUUGUUAUAAAACCUCGUAUCCCAUUCUCAAGACUCCUUUAAUAUGUAACCAGGCAUAAAUUGCCUGUUGCUUGUUUCUUUUGAAAACCUAAUGGUCCGUGUGACGGCCUCAAUAUGGUAUUUUUAUAGUCCUUGUAAUAUGUGUGCCCAUCCCUAACUCCUGCUUUACCUGUAACACUUUUCCCCUUCCCAUGGUCCCUGUGACACAUACCUCAAUAUCCCCUUUCCAUGGUCCAUGUCACAUACAGCUGUAAAAA